AUGGUUUCUGUGCUCACCCACGUCCAAAAUGUCUGGGAGACCCAACGAUCGAACAGCCCUAUCUACGCCUUCCUCCUAACCGAUGUCACCAUCGAGGAUGCCUCCGAAGGCACAAUCCGCGCCCGUCUCCUGCUGAACCAAAACCACACAAACUCCAAAGGAAGCUUACACGGGACUAUGACUGCGUGUCUUAUUGACUGGAUUGCGGGCAUGGUUAUUGCUAGUUAUGGUUCGACUUAUACAGGCGUGAGCACCGAUAUUCACGUCUCUUACCUUACUGGUGCGAAAGAGGGGGAGGUUCUGGAAAUUACUGGACGGUCAAUGAAAAUGGGAGGGACUCUUGCAUUUGUGUCGGCUGAAAUUACCAAAAUUCAGGGUGGAGAAAAGGUGGUCGUUGCUACGGGAUUGCAUACUAAAUAUGUCCGACAAAAGUCUUGA